CCUAGGAGUCACAUGGUGGAUGCUCCAGUGCCGCGUGCUGGCGUCUGCGCAGCUGCGGCCGGAAAGGAGCCGGCAGCGAGUGCUUUUUGGCAGAGUAAGGUUUUGCAGGCGAAGGGAGCGGGUGCAACUUCGGGAAGCUCCUGACUGUUGAGAGAGCUUGCUGCCCUUGCACACCCCGGUGAACUCGCGACUUUUGCUCUUGGACACGCCGUGGAAAAGGUGUUUUUCCAAAGGCAGGUUCCUCCUGGCACCAGGACUAGCUUUUAUUUGUUGCUUCGCGGCGAAACUUUGGGGGGGACAAGACGCAGCCAGAGGAGGCGAAGGGGACAGCCUGCCGCUUCCCCUCCCUCCGCGCCGACCGACUCGCGGCUCUCACCAUCUCUAGACAUGAAUGACAGCUGCCAGUUGAACAGGAUGGCCACUUUCGAUACUAACAACAACGCACCAGGUGGUGUGAUCAGCUAUAUUGGGUCCAAUGGUUCUUCACCGAGCCGCACAAGCCCCGUCUCUCUCUGCAGCAGUGACAGUUCCAAUGGCAGUUGCCAAAUGUCUUCGCAACCUACCUUCCCCAGCUACUUUCCGCCCUCACCCACUGGAUCUCUAGGGCAGGACUCUAACCGUCCAUAUGGGAACAGUUCGGCUGGACUACGUGAUGAUGCCUCGCCCUCCUCCUCCUCCUCUUCCUCCUCCUCCAGUAGCUCUGGAAGCUCCCCAAUGGGCCUGCAGGUGGCCGUGGAAGAUGGGAGGCGUGUCUCCCCAACCAAAAGCACCAGUAGCAGCAUCACAAAACUCAAUGGAAUGGUCCUUCUGUGCAAAGUUUGUGGGGAUGUUGCAUCCGGUUUCCACUAUGGUGUCCAUGCUUGUGAAGGCUGUAAGGGUUUCUUCCGGCGCAGCAUUCAGCAAAAUAUCCAGUACAAAAAGUGCCUCAAGAAUGAAACCUGUAACAUUGUCCGUAUCAACCGGAAUCGGUGCCAACAGUGCCGCUUCAAGAAGUGCAUGGGGGUCGGCAUGUCCCGUGAUGCUGUACGUUUUGGGCGCAUCCCCAAGCGUGAAAAGCAAAGGAUGCUAGCAGAGAUGCAGAGUGCCAUGAACAAUAUGGCCAAUAACCAACUAACUGCACAGUGCCCACCUGAGAGCUUACCAGCAGGACACCUGCAGGCCAACAACCCUUUGCUGUGCCACCAACCCCAGGUGGCGCCCUGCUCCCCACCACCCCACACAGCCUCGCCAGCCCAGCCAUCUCCUUGCUUCUCCCAGUUUUCUCAGCAACUGACGCCCCCUCGCUCUCCAAGCCCUGGCGAUGUUAUGGAGAAUGUCAUCUCACAAGUGGCCAAGGCCCACAAGGAGAUUUUUGUUUAUGCCCAUGACAAACUGGCCACAGGGCCCCCACCUUCCACAAGGACUGACAGCUCUGCCCAUUGGGAGAACAGCUGGCUGAUCAAUGGCGGCCACAGCAAUGGCAUCUGCCAACAGAAUGAUAACUGGAACUCGGGCUCCGUCCCCAGUAAUACUUGUCAUCAGAACAACAUCAAUGGACAUCGUUUUUGCCCUUCUGGUUAUCCCUCUGGAGACACAGAACCCUCUAUGGGGCAAGACUGCCCACGGCAAGGCAAGGCCAGAGAUAUCCUCUUGGCGUGCCCUAUGAAUUGUCACCCUCAUGGUCGUAGUGGCCGGACAGGCCAAGAAAUUUGGGAGGAUUUCUCACUGAGUUUCACACCUGCUGUACGAGAGGUGGUAGAAUUCGCAAAACACAUCCCUGGUUUCCAGGACCUGUCACAGCAUGACCAGGUUUCGCUACUCAAAGCUGGCACCUUUGAGGUGCUGAUGGUCCGGUUUGCCUCCCUCUUCAACGUCAAAGAACAGACUGUGACAUUCAUGAGUCGUACCAAAUACAGCCUUGAGGAGCUAUGGGGGAUGGGCAUGGGCGACCUGCUUACAUCCAUGUUUGAAUUCAGUGAAAAACUUGGUUCCUUGAACCUGUCUGAAGAAGAACUGGGGCUCUUCACAGCUGUAGUGCUGGUCUCAGCAGAUCGUUCUGGCAUCGAAGACCAGGCAUCUGUGGAGCAGCUGCAAGAGACCCUUAUCCGGGCCCUGAGGGCCCUCAUUCUCAAAAACCACCCCCAGGAAACGUCCCGCUUCACCAAACUGCUGCUCAAGCUCCCAGACUUACGUACACUCAACAACAUGCACUCUGAGAAGCUGCUCUCGUUUCGCAUUGAUGCUCAAUAGAUGAGGGUGGGGGAGGUAUGCAUUUCUGCUGCCCUGCCCUCCUUGCACUCUUGCACUAACCAGACUGCUCUCUGGGCCAGGACCCAACUAUUUAUACUGGUGUAGGACCUGCUGCCCCUACCUGUUCAGAAGCAAGUGGCACCACCAUUUCUUUGUAAAUAUAUAUAUGUAUAUUGGAGUUGUGUGAAUAGAAUGGCAUUGUUUCCUGUUGUGACACUGGCCACACAGGAAUAAUAUAUUGAAAGCAAAAUGCCUGGAUGGCUGUCA